UACGUCUCUAGGAGGAUCGCUGCCGCCAGUGCUGACAAUGCAGAUCUUUGUGAAAACCUUAACUGGUAAGACCAUCACCCUGGAGGUCGAGCCCAGUGACACCAUCGAGAAUGUCAAGGCAAAGAUCCAGGACAAGGAAGGCAUCCCCCCUGACCAGCAGAGGCUGAUCUUUGCAGGCAAACAGCUGGAAGAUGGCCGCACCCUGUCCGACUACAACAUCCAGAAAGAGUCCACCCUGCACCUGGUCCUGCGCCUCAGGGGUGGGAUGCAGAUCUUUGUGAAGACCCUGAUAGGCAAGACCAUCACCCUCGAGGUCGAGCCCAGUGACACCAUCGAGAAUGUCAAGGCAAAGAUCCAGGACAAGGAGGGCAUCCCCCCUGACCAGCAGAGGCUGAUCUUUGCAGGCAAAGAGCUGGAAGAUGGCUGCACCCUGUCCGACUACAACAUCCAGAAAGAGUCCACCCUGCACCUGGUCCUGCGCCUCAGGGGUGGGAUGCAGAUUGUGAAGACCCUGACAGGCAAGACCAUCACCCUCGAGGUCGAGCCCAGUGACACCACUAAGAAAGUCAAACAGGAAGAUGGACGCACUUUUCUCAGCACACUGUCUAGAAAGAGCACUCCUUGUGCUUGUUCUUGGGCUUGAGGGGAGAUGUCUUAG